AUGAGACAAACCAUUCGCAUUCCAACAAAUUCAUCUAAAAAAUAUUCUUCUUUUAUUCCAAAUGUUGUAUCAGUUAAAGGAGUUAUUAUCCCUGAUAAAAUUACAACUGAAUUUAUUUCUUUUCGUGCAUUCAACAUUUCUAAUGAAAGAAAUUCAUUAAAAGAUUCAAUAUCUAGUUCUAUUAGUAGUGCAAAUGAAUUUGAUACUGUAGAAGAUUUUGACUCUAUUAAUACUGAAGUUGGUUCAUGUAUUGAAAGAAACAUUCCAUUUUACCAUAUCUUUGCUAAGUCUCACCGAAAAGUAUCAAAGAGAUGUUCACAGGAAUUACAACAAAUGAUGGUUGGUAGUGGAAUAAUUCCAACAUAUGAUUUCACUGUUCCUUUAUGUUGUUCAAUAUUAAAUACGGUUGGGACAGUUUCGUAUAAAGAUGUGUUAGACUCAUUAGAUAACCAUAACCAACUUAAAGAAAAUUUUACUUUAUUAAGAGCAAACAAAUUCCAAACAAUUGUUUGUGAAGAUUUACCUUCUUAUCAACGAAUAGCACUAUCUUUAGUAUUGUUAGUUAUGACAAGUUCAUCAGUAUUCAAACUUUUUCAAGUAGUAGAAUUUAAUAAAACAGGAUUUAGUUAUGAUGAUAUUCACUUAUUAUAA